CUCUUUCUGCUCCAAUAUGCUCUAGUUACUCCGAGGAGUAUUAUCCUUGGUGGCUCAAUAACCAUGACGCAGAUGACUUAAUCUCAGACAGGUCUGUAAGCGAGGCCUUGAUUUACAGUGGGCUUUUCAGCCCAUAGCUGAUUCUCUGGGGCCAUUGUCAUGGCAUUGGGAGUCUUGCACCGGAUUAUCACCCAACCAUCGCAGUUGCUGGUUCAUAUUAACGGCCCUUCUUUGUGUGGGUUGAUCUACCAGUCUGAACAUGAAUGUUUAACGAGUUCGUGAAGUGAGGAUAAGCACUGUACGCAACAAAACUUGCAUUGGCAUGUGACUGAUGGUUGCAACCCAUAGCCUUUUGACACAUGAGGCCCCCAAGGGCCGUUCGAGAAGGGUCGGCAACCCAUACUAAAACGCAGGGUUCACUAUGCAUCUCUGGCACGAGACAGCCUACACUACGUCAUGCGCUUCUAGAACGCUGGUCCAGUAUCAACCAUGUCUUUCUCGAAAUCGUUUAAGGGUUCCUCUGGUCCCCACGAAUGAGCCAUAUUAUCAAUACCGGAGAAUAAAAUACAUUUGAUCAUUUUCUUGAUCAAGCAUUCCAUCUAUCCGAAAUUUCGUACUAGAUUAUGAACCAGGCCAAGCCAACCGAGAUGGAUACGGACAACAAGCGUCUCUUGAACCGAUAUGGCAUUCUUCCAAAGCGAGGCAACCUUCUCAAUCACCAAUUAGAAGGAAGAAAAUAUUUCGACUCGGGAGACUUUGCUCUCAGCCAAGCUCAUCGGCCAUCUAACAUUGGCAACAUCACAACAGGUCGCGAACAUCCAAUCCGCCAAGACAUAUCAGAGCCUUCUAGUUCCGUCCCGAGCUCAAGUAACAUUGAUGAUAACGCAAACCAACAGUCAUCAGCGAGACGAAGAAGCCUGGAAGUAAAGUUUCACGCUCAGACUCACCUUCAACAAGAGAUGGAAAGUCCUCCUGAGAGUGAACAUCAUGGUACAGAAGAGAGAAACAACGGGUAGGUUAUUGUUGAAAUGAUACGUGUUUAUCAAACAUGACUCAGUCUGUGAGUAUGCGAGGUGUUCUUAUGUAAAGGGAAAAUGGACAUUCGUCCAGAGUCUAUUGAGGCCUAUAUCUCCAAAGGACUCUAUGUAAUUUUAGGUCGCCAAGAACAGUCUCUUCAAGCAUCAAGUCACUACUAUGUAGGACAACAACUUCAAAUCUCGCCCACCUCUCGUGCCUUAGUCUGCAUUGGGAGCGUCUAAAUAGCAUCAUUAGAAGCGUAAUUGGU